ACUCAUUUGCUGCCAAAUAUACCAAAUUGCUUGUUUUCACUCAGAUAAAUGCGUAUUUUACGCAUUACGCACGAUCCAGCAGUCCAUUAUUUGGACUUUGCAUCGCUCUCCCUUUAAAUUUUCACUCAUUAGACUCAUGAGUUGAACUUUGAGACCUAACUUCACUAGAUAGCAGACGUAUUGGAGCAUCAGCCUUCUUUUUUUAUCACAGAUCAAAAGGCAACGGGUGACACGGCUUUUAAUGAUCUCCUUCCCAGGUCACUGGCUUCUAACAUGACUCGCUUCACAACCACGCGUGUUUAGCAGGGGAUAUUUCUAUCCGGACGUUUCUUUUUAAAAGGAGGUCAAACAAGAAGUUUUCAACAAUGAGGCCGCCGGUGGAAGUCUGCGUGUUUCUCCUUUCCCUCUUGGCUCCUGGAGUUUUAUAUACCAUGAACAACAUCCCUGCGCUUCAGGAACCUCUUGCUAUCCUGGGAAUGGGAAUGGUCGUCCUGGGAUUCGUUCUUCUCCUCCUCCUCCUCCUCACUGUGCGCAACAAGAUGAAAGUGGACCCCCUAUUCUAUGUAUUUGCAGAGUUUUCCUUCACCUGCAUGGUGGGCCUGACUAAUGCUUUAGAGCAGGAUGGGUUCAUCUCUGGCUUCAUGGGCUUCUACCUAAAGAUGGGUGAGCCUCAUCUAUGCACCGCCUAUGCUGUGAUGAUGUCUUACUGGGAAGGCGUCAUUCACUUGGUCCUCUUCCUCGCUAUUAUCCACUGCAUGUUCAAGGGGAAGUCCUAUCGUACCCUGGGGCUGCUGUGGGCCGGCUCCUCAAUCGCCCAUCAGAUCGUUCUCAUCCCGGGAGUGGUCAUUGGUAAAUAUGGGUCUAACAUUCGACCAGCCUUCUGGAGGAACAUCCCCUUCUUUUUGGUGCCUUUCUGGGCAGCGUCCCUGCUCUUUAGCAGACCCAGAGAGAUGCCAAUCGUCACAGCAGACAAGAUUUCAGUGGAGCAGAAGAAAAGUCUGCUGUCUCGACCUGUUGACCUGCUUCUUUCACUUGUGUUACUCGGAGCAAUGGCCUUCUCUGUUUUCAGAGGCUUUGUGGUGCUGGACUGUCCUCUAGAUGCCUGUUUCACCUACAUCUACCAGUACGAGCCCUACCUCAAAGACCCAGUUGGCUUUCCCAGGGUUAUGAUGCUGGUGUAUUUGUUCUAUGCUCUGCCCCUGCUGACUGUCUUCAUCUAUGGUCUGAAAACACCUGGAUGCGGCUGGAUGUUGGACUGGACCAUCUUCUUUGCUGGGGCCAUGGCUCAGACCCAGUGGUGCCAUAUCGGAGCAUCUCUGCACUCCCGCACUCCCUUCACGUACCGAGUUCCAGCAGACAAGUGGUGGCCUGUUAUCAUCCUCAAUGUGCUGCUUGCUGCUGCGCCGGCUCUGCUGGCCCUGCGCUGCCAUACCAACCCCGCUUAUUUUCUGAAACCUGUUCCCAAGGGACAGACCAACAGCGAGAAGAAGAAAAACUAGACCACACACCAGCCAUGGACUGACAAGGAAUACUUCACGCUGUGACAAGGCUAAUGUUUUCUGGGGACUCUAGUUGGCGCACAAACUGCAUUAAGCACACAAUUUUUCAACCUAAAACCCAGAGGAAAUAUAAGAACGUUGCUCUCUGAGUCAACUGUUCAAAAUCAGUCACCUCACGCAGCAGCAGCACUCCCUGCAUGAACUAUUGGACCCUGAUAAGAAGGCUGUUGAUCCAGGUGAGGACUGUGAUCAGCUUGCACAGUUUUCAGGUGACUCAUGCAGAUACCCAGUUGGUAUCUUCUCAAACUAAGACUAUUAACCUGGAUCAUACAGGUUGGCAACACACUACUGGAGAGUGACAGUCAUCAUCCUUUCUAUGCAGAAAUCCACACAACUACUCAACAGCUUGAAGUUAAUUUUUACUACUGCUAUCUAAAAUUGAGUCAGUGAAAACAAUCACAGCUUUCAUUGAUUUAAAAAAAAAAAAACUGAAUAAAAGAAGUGUUGAUAGGAUUCACUGAAUGCUUGAAAGCCUGAAUAACUGAGUUGCUGAUAAGGGAGAUAAUAGCAAAUGUUACUCAAGCAGAGAAUUUGAUGAAGAAAAAGUCCACCUGGUGCCUUACAUUGUGCAACCUAUUUGGUGAGCCUACAUGUUGUCACUGGGGCCCCAACCAAUGAUUAUUUUCUGAUUAACCGAUUUAAUCAUUUGGUCUCUAAAAUAUCAGAAAUUAUGAAAAAUGUCCAUCACAAUUUCCUAAAGCCCAAGGUGACAUCUUCACAUAGUUUGUUUUGUCCGACCAACUGUUCAAACCCCAAAUAUUUAAUUUGCAAAGAUAUAUAAAACAGAGAAAAGUGUCAAAUCCUCACACUGGAGAAGCUGAAACCAUAGAUUAUUUGGUGUUUUUGCUUGAUAAAUGACUUAAAAAUAGUUGUUACUGAAUCUCAGUGUGGUUUUAGAUGUUUCAUGUUCAACUUUAUAUUGUACAAUUAAAAAUGAAUGGAGCACUGAUUUGGGAUUUGUUUUUAUAUAUAAAAAAAAUGGGAUACAGAUUAUUUGAGCUGACCAGGUGUAACAGUGUUUGAAUAAAUUACAUUUGCAUUAACAA